AUGGGUAAAAAAAAGAAUGCUUCCUCAGCGGAGGAUAAAGCGGACCUUUCAACAAUACAAAAUAUAUCUCUCGAGUCAAUAACGUCAACGAUUCGCGAACGUUAUCAAAAUGAUAAUAUUUAUACACGUAUAAACCACUCCGUACUAGUAGCGGUGAACCCUUAUAAAAUUCUUCCUAUAUUUAAUGAUACAACUAUUCAACAAUAUGUCGCGGACUAUAAAGAUACCUCGGGUCAAAGAGCCACAUUACCUCCACAUGCCUUUCAACUUGCCUCGCAAGCUUAUUUACACAUGAGACGAACUGGACAAGAUCAGUCCAUCAUCUUAAGUGGGGAAUCGGGCAGUGGAAAAUCAGAAACUCGAAAACUUUUGGUUAAACAAUUAGCCGCUUUAAGUUCGCAUCAAAAAAAAGAUUCCAGAAUCCAAAAUAAAGUUCCUCACUCGGAAUUUAUUCUAGAAUCAUUUGGAAACGUCAAAACAAAUAUUAAUAAUAAUGCUUCUCGUUUCGGUAAAUAUACCGAACUUCAAUUUAACGAACGUGGUAGAUUAAUUGGCGCUAAAACACUUGAUUACCUCUUGGAAAAAAAUCGAGUCGUCAAAGUUUUUCAAAAUGAACGAAAUUUUCACGUAUUUUAUUAUUUAAUCGCUGGGGCUUCACAGGAUGAGAAAACACAUCUUCAUCUUACCGAUGCUUCACAAUAUCGUUAUCUUAAUGUUCCGAAAGGGACCAGAGGUCCUAAUGCCGAUGAUAUGAACAAUUUUAAUGAAUUAAAACAAGCUUUGAAAUCUCUAGGAUUUCAUAAAAAACACGUAGCUCAAAUGUUUCAACUUUUAGCUGCUAUUUUACAUUUAGGUAAUAUACAAUUCGCUCAAGAUCCAAAUAACAAACAAAAAGAAGCAGCUUUUGUAAAGAAUCAGGAGGUUUUAAAUUUAGUUGCGGACUUUUUAGGAGUAGAUCCUCAGGCUCUUGAGAAUGUACUUACUUAUAAAACUAAACUAAUCAAAAAAGAAAUGUGUACAAUAUUCUUGGACGCGGAUUCUGCUUCUGUUCAACGAGAUGAUUUGGUGAAGGCACUUUAUUCUUUAUUAUUUAGUUGGAUUGUAGAAUAUAUUAACACGAAACUAUGUCAAGAAGAUUUUGCCAGCUUUAUCGGUAUUGUCGACCUUAUUGGAUUUCAAAAUUUAACAGAAAAUUCUCUUGAUCAAUUUUGUGUAAAUUUUGCCAAUGAAAAAAUUCAUAAUUUCGUUCUAAAACAAAUUUUUGAAUCACGUCAUGAUGAAUAUACCGAGGAAGGAAUUAAUGUUCCUGAUAUACCCUUCUUCGACAAUUCGGCAUGCCUUCAAAUGAUUUCUCAUCCGUCAUCAGGAUUAAUCGCAAUAAUGGAUGACCAUGCCAAUAAAUCUUCUCGUAAAACUGAUAAUAGCAUGCUCGACGCUUUCAGUAAAAAAUAUUCAGAACAUAAUUCCUUUAAAUCCGCUGGUAAAAGUUUGAACGCUCUUCCCACUUUUGGUAUUCAACAUUUCGCCGGUCAAGUUACUUAUAAUGCCACGGGAUUCCUUGAAAAGAAUACGGAUAAUCUCAAUGCCGAUUUUGUCUCAUUAUUCCGUGGUAGUACCGGAGCAAAUUCCCCUUACAAUAGUUUCAUCGUUGGUUUAUUCACUGACAAGGCCGUUUCCACAGAAUCCCAUCCUCGAAAUGAUAAUACUAUUGUCUCGGCCCAACAAUCUGCCAAGCCUAUGCGUUCUCCAUCAAUGCGCCGUAAGAAAAGUCAACUCGGUUCUGAAGAAUUAACUUCAAAACCAAAGGUCUCUUGUGUCGCGACUCAAAUUUCAUCAGCUUUAAGUGAAUUGUGUGAUACACUUGAAGACACAAUUCCCUGGCAUGUUUUCUGUAUUCGCCCAAAUGAUUCACUACUUCCUAAUCAAUAUGAUUCAAGAACUGUACAAUCUCAAGUAAAAUCAUUUGGAUUACCGGAAAUUGCAAAGAAAUUACAAAUCGAUUAUACCAUUGGAUUCACUCACCAGGAAUUUUUAGAAAGAUAUGCACCUAUUCUGGAUUCAAUGGGACUUGAUCAGUCGAGAGAUCCUAAAGCAAAAUGUGAAGCUUCUUGUACCAUAUUUGGUUGGACAAGUUCUUAUAUGGCUGUUGGACAAAAUAAGGCAUACUUGAGUGAAACCGCAUGGCGUAACUUGGAAGACAAUCUUCCCCAUGGCGAUGAUAAUUUAACUCCAACUUCAUAUCCUCGCCUUUCUCCGCCAAAAGCAUUGGAUCAAAGGUCCUUUGAUGACACUCGCUCAAACUUUUCUGAAGACGACUUUUAUCAGGAUGAAUCAGUAAGUCAAUAUGAUGAUAAUGGUUCUUCAUAUGGCUCAGAAGUGUAUGCACCAUCACACAACAUGUUUAAAGAAUUGGAAGCAAAGAAAGCGUUAAAUGAAGGGGGUGAGACGGUAGAAGAAGAAGUUGAAGAGCCUCGUAAAACUACUGCUGCUCGUAAGAAAUGGGUAUUCCUCACUUGGUUCCUUACCUGGUGGGUUCCUCCUUGUUUCUUGAGAUGGUGCGGUCGUAUGAAAAGAAAAGACAUUCAAAUGGCAUGGCGUGAGAAAGUCGCACUUUGCAUCCUUAUUGCUUUGAUUUCAGCUUUGAUCAUUUUUGUUCUCGCUUUCUUGGGUAAAUUGAUUUGUCCGAAAGUUAACAUUUUCACUGGUCAAGAACUUAGUUCUCAUACGUUUAAAGAGGAGCCUGACAAUACUUUAGUCUCAAUUCGUGGUGAAGUUUAUCUCUUGAGCACAUUUGCUCCUCGCCAUUUCCCACCAUUGGUUGAUACGGACGCAAUUUUGGCAUACGGUGGAAAUGAUGUAUCACAAUUAUUCCCUGUUCAAGUUAGCGCUCUUUGUAGCGGAAUUGACGGAUUUGUCGAUCCUGCUGUUACAUUUGACUUUACCGGCAAUAACACCAAAGACGACAAUGCUAAAUAUCACGAUUUCCGUUAUUCUUCUUCUUCCAACGGAUUUCGACCAGAUUGGUACUAUUCAGAAAUUUUAAUGAAAUUGAGAUCGAUCUACCUUGUUGGUCAAGUAGGUAUACCGGCACAUAUGGUCAAAGAAAUGGCAAUUAGAGAACAAGAUAGGAGACAAAUUGCUAUUCUUAAUGAUAAUAUAUACGAUAUAACACCUUACGUACUUGGUGGUCGUCAAGCGUUGGGUCCAGGUGGAACACCCGUCGAAGGCGUUGAUACGAAUUUCCUGGUUCCUGAAAUUGUUGACCUUUUCAAAAGUUUUAAUGGUUUGGAUAUCACAAAGAUGUAUAAUAGUUUACUCAUGGAUCCUGAAGUUAGAAAUCGUCAAGAAGUUUGUUUGAGAAACUUAUUUUAUGUCGGAAAAGUAGAUCAUCGUAAUUCUCCACAAUGUUUAUUUGCAAACUAUAUUUUACUCGCAUUUUCAGUUGUAUUGGUUGCUGUCAUUUUCUUCAAAUUUUUAGCAGCAUUGCAAUUGGGUUCAAGGAGAGAACCAGAAGAACAUGAUAAGUUUGUUAUUUGUCAAGUUCCCUGUUAUACUGAAAGUGAUGAAUCUAUGCGUAAAACUUUGGAUUCCUUGGCCGUAUUAAGAUAUGACGACAAACGCAAGCUUCUAUUUAUUGUUUGUGAUGGAAUGAUUGUCGGUAGUGGUAAUGACAGACCAACGCCUCGAAUCGUCUUGGAUAUUUUGGGAGUUGAUCCAAAUAUUGAUCCUGAACCUCUCAGUUUUCUGUCUCUUGGAGAUGGUGCUAAACAGCAUAAUAUGGGCAAAGUAUAUUCUGGAUUAUACGAAUGUAAUGGACAUGUUGUUCCUUAUUUAGUAGUAGUAAAAGUUGGCAAACCAAGCGAAAGAUCUCGACCUGGUAAUCGCGGUAAACGUGAUUCUCAGAUGAUUCUUAUGAGAUUCUUGAAUAAGGUCCACUUCAACUCUGAAAUGACUCCAUUAGAAUUGGAAAUGUACCAUCAAAUCAAAAAUGUUAUUGGGGUAAAUCCAAGUUUCUACGAAUAUGUUCUUAUGGUGGACGCCGAUACAGAGGUUAUGCCCGAUUCUUUGAAUCGUCUCGUUUCCGCUUUUAUGCAUGAUACCAAAGUUAUGGGACUUUGUGGUGAAACAACUCUUGCUAACGAAAAAGACUCUUGGGUUACCAUGAUUCAAGUAUACGAAUAUUAUAUUUCACAUCAUCUUGCAAAAGCUUUUGAAUCACUGUUCGGUAGCGUUACUUGUUUGCCCGGAUGUUUUUGUAUGUAUAGAGUUCGUACACCGGAUUCCCAUAAACCUUUAUUAGUCAGCAACCAACUCAUUGAAGAUUACUCUGAAAAUUUGGUCGAUACUCUUCACAAGAAGAAUUUACUUCACCUUGGUGAAGAUCGUUAUUUAACAACUUUGAUGAUGAAACAUUUUCCCAAUUAUAAGAUGACAUUUGUUCCAGAUGCACAAUGUAAAACUUAUGCUCCUGAUCAAUGGUCUGUGCUCAUUUCACAACGUCGUCGAUGGAUCAAUUCUACUGUGCACAAUCUUAUGGAAUUAGUUUUCUUACCUCAACUUUGCGGUUUCUGCUGUUUCUCUAUGCGUUUUGUGGUCAUGAUUGAUUUGUUCGCUACCCUUAUUAUGCCCGCAACUGUUGCAUAUCUUGGAUAUUUGAUUUAUAUCAUUGUAAGAGAUCCGACUACGGUUCCAGUUAUGUCUUUAUUGUUGUUGGCCGCUGUAUAUGGUCUUCAAGCCUUUAUAUUUAUUCUUCGUCGUAAAUGGGAACAUGUUGGUUGGAUGAUUGUUUAUAUACUUGCCAUGCCCGUUUUCUCCUUUUACUUGCCUAUUUAUGCAUUCUGGCAUUUUGAUGACUUCUCAUGGGGUAAUACACGUUUGGUUAUAGGUGAAAAGGGUAAAAAGGCGUUGGUACCAGACGAAGGUAAAUUUGAUCCAAAGAGCAUACCUAAGAAGAAAUGGUCAGAUUACGAACAAGAACUAUGGGAAGUUGGUACACAAGGAUCGCAAGAAUCCGCACAUUCGAGAGCUUCGGAUCGUUCACAUCGAAGUAGUAGAUCUGCUAAAAAAGCUGGAUCCGCUGCUGGGUCCGUUGCCGGUGAUUAUUACGAUGAACGUGGUAGAAGAGGUCGCUCUCGAUCACCUGCACCUCCGUUUGCCAGUAAUGAUCCAAGAAUGUCUCGUAAUUAUUCUACUGAAAUGAGUCAAAGAGGAUCCGUGUAUGGUAUCGGGCGUGGUGUUGAAUAUGAUGUUUAUGGAGCUGUUACAACACUUGGGUCGAGGCCUGUUAGUAUGGUAGAAGGUGGACAAGGUUCCGACUUUCCCUCAGAUGAAGAAAUUCUUCAAGAAAUUCGAAAUAUAUUAUCAACAGCUAACCUAAUGUCAAUUACAAAGAAGCAAGUUCGUGAUGACUUAUCUCAAUACUUUGGCAUGGAUAUGAGUUUAAAGAAGGAGUAUAUUAACAACUGUAUAGAAUUGAUUCUUCAAGGAAAACUUUAA